AUGGAUUGCGAUCUAAUAAUUUCGAAAAUUCGAAAAACGCUUCAUGGUUGGGCUAGUCGUAACUUGUCCUACGCUGGGCGUGUGCAGUUAAUUCAGUCGAUUUUAUUAGGGAUUAGGAACUUUUGGAUGAGCACAUUUCUUCUUCCUCAGAAAGUUAUCAAAGAAAUAGACUGUUUAUGCAGAAUUUUCUUAUGGGGUGGCAAUGGAUUUCGUAGCAAAUUUCAUUUAGCUUCUUGGGAUCAUGUUUGUAGGCGAAAAUCUUAUGGAGGUUUAGGAUUCAAAGAGGGUGUUCUUUGGAAUAAGAUUAAUCUUACUAGAUACGUUUGGGCGAUCUCUUCUAAACAGGAUAGCUUGUGGGUCAAAUGGGUAAAUUGCAUCUACUUAAAAGGGGUCCGAAUCUGGGAUUAUGUUUUACAUCAAGAUGCAAGCUGGUGUUGGAAAAAGCUAGUUAAGGUGAGCAAGUUACUGUCUGAAGCUGAGAUAAAUGCAGCUGUAUGUCAAGGGAAAAUAAGGCUGAAUAAUCUAUAUCUGCACUUCAUUUCUGGUUCCCCUAGCAAAAGUCUGAAGAAUAUUUGGUGUAAACUUUCAGUGCCUAAACACAGGUUCAUUCUUUGGCAAGCUUUUCACCAGAAACUUCUUACCAAAGACCUUUUACAUCACUACAAUAUUCCAGUUAUAACUCUGAGUUGCCCGGUCUAUGAAACUGAAAUGGAGAGCCAUGCUCACCUAUUUUUUGACUGUCUGUUUUCCAGGAAAGUGCUUCAGGCAGUUGCAAAGUGGUUGGGUAGUCUAAUGUGGCCUCGGCAGUUCCAGGAAUGGUGUUGUUGGCUGGAAGAGCCAAGUAAAGAUGAUCUGGCUCGGGUUGUGGUAGCUUCUUUGGUUGCUUCAGUCUACUUUAUUUGGAAAAAUAGGAACAAAUGCUGGGUGGAAAGCUGCUGUUUUUCAGUAGCUCAUGUUGAUGUUCUUAUUAGAAAUUCAGUUAAGACUAGAGUAAACAAUCUAUGCCGUAGGAGUAAAAGACUGACUUUGAGGGAGAAAUUAAUGAUAAAUUUUUUCUCUAAAAUGUAA